UUAAUUUGUAAAUUUCUAGUGAGUUUGGGAGUUUCAUUUAAAAAUUAUAAACUAUAUCUAAAGACAUUGAUGCGUACGCGCAUUUAAUCAUUUACCUGGAAAUGUUAUCAGAUAUGUUAUCACAGAUAGAAUGGUGAAUGUGUCAAAGUUACCAUUGGUUGAGUAAUAUAAAAGGAGGUAACAGUGAGCCGAUACAUGAUCAAAUGUCUUCAAUUAUGAACAACAUUCUAUUUAAUAGUUGGAUUAUUAUUUUACUUUGUUUAAACAUUAUAUAUAAAUGUAAAAGUGAUAUAUGUACAACAUGUUUGUGUACUGUUAAAGGUACAGGAAUAAUUAUUAAUUGCCAUGAAAAAUUAAUUACAAAUGAUGACAGAAUUCAAUUGAACUCAUUAAUGCUAGAUCAGUUUCAAAAUGUAGAGGGAUUAAUUUUAUCAAAGAAUAAUUUGACGUUUAUAUCACCGAGUAUACUUAUAAAACUGAAGCAUUUAAAGAAAUUAGAUUUGUCUGAAAACUUAAUGCCUGAAAUAUAUAUUAAUGAAUUAACAGAAUCCAAUAAUCUAGAUGAGUUAAAUUAUUCAAGGAAUACAUUGAAAAUCUUUGAUAAUAUUAUAUUUGAUGAAAUAUCAACAAUUACUAAAUUAAACUUGAGUCAUAAUUAUAUCAAAAUACUUAAAUCAACGACUAUUUCACAAUCUGUCAUAAGUUUAAUUACCCUUGAUCUUUCUCAUAACGAUAUAACUUUUAUUGAUGAUGUAUUUUUCAAAUCAUUCUUGCACUUACAACAUUUAGACUUGUCAUUUAAUAAAAUUACUUCAAUUUCUGAAAAUAUUUUUUUGCAACUUUCUGAUUUAAGAACACUUGGGAUAAAUAACAAUUUUCUUACAUCAUUGAACUUCAAUGAACUGCCAGAAAAUUUAAUUGAAUUACACACUGAAUACAACGAGAUCGUAAACUUACUUUAUGAACCAUCUCAAAUUCAAGAACUAAAUAUUGAAUUCAAUAACAUUUCUUGGUUAGAAACAAAUUUAUCCUCUUUUCAUUCUUUAGAAUAUUUGAAUCUAAGUGGUAACGAAUUGGCCAUAUUUCCAAAUAUAACACUUCAGAGAUUAAAAGUAUUAGAUAUUUCUAAUAAUAAUUAUUCCAAUAUCCCGGAAUAUUUAUCAUCAGAAAAUUAUCCAUUAUUGAGUACACUUGUCGUCAGUGGAAAUCCAAUUAAGGAUUUAACAUUUCAUUCUAAAUUAAAACUACGUUCAUUCGUUGCAAAUUAUAUUACAUUUCUUGAAAAGAUUAAUAAUGAUGCAUUCUUAAAAUUGGAAGCACCCGUAAAUGAUUGCAUUAAUCUUACGAUAUCGAACAAUAAAAAACUGAUCACCAUUGAUGAGAGAGCUUUGGAUCAUAUGAAUGCAUGUUUCGUAGAUUUCAGUAACAAUAACAUUAACUACAUUUCCCCUAAAUUAUUAUUAUUAUUCGACGGUACUCUUAAAAUGAAUAAUGGUAUUGAUUUACAAGGAAAUCCCUUCGCGUGCAAUUGUUCCUUACAAUGGAUGUUAAGUGACCUAAUACCACAGCUUUAUGUUAUAAAUCCAAGUAUUUUGAAUAAUUUAAGAUGCGCAACGCCCCUAAACCUAUUGAACAUAAGACUGGUGCAUUGGUACAAAUGGAAGAAAGAAAUAUUUUGCAAAGACAUGUCCGAAUUAUUAUCAAAUUUAUCAGAAAAAUAUGAGGCAGUGUCCGAAAGAAAAAUAAUAAUGAUUGAGUCCAGUCCUGAAUUAUUUGCGAUCUUAGGGAUUGCUAUCAUAUUGUUGAUAGUUCUCUUUGUCAUUGGAAUUUUAUUGACUCAAAAGUUAGAGAAUAAAAGAUCUCGUAAAAACAGAAGAUUAUAAUUAAACAUUAGAAAAAGAUAUUAAUUUAUAAACGAUACAAUUGUAUAAUUUAAAUUUAAUAAAUCCCUGGUUAGAAGUAU